AGGCAAAGAUAGAGGCAAAGAUAGAGGGAAGUGUGAGGAAAUCAAGYCGAAGAAAUCAAAGUCCAAACAACUAUCUUCAUCUUCACAGCAAUCAAUUUUCGAAAAUCAAAUCCUUCCUUCUUUUCUUUGGGACUCCAUGGCAUUUUCGCACAAUUGGGAGAAAAGCUACGAAAUCCUCUCUGUUCCCGAAAACACAGAAGACUUCACCAAUGAUAGCAGCGAUGAAAACAAAGGAACCAAACAUAGAUUUUUCGAGGAGAGUUCAACUCGUUGGUACCUCCAAUUUCUUGGGACGAGGUUUGGAUUUUUGGAGGACACCACUGCCUAUCAGUUCCUUCAGUUUUUUUUGACACUGCACCUAGGCUUUGGGAUUCUAUGCCUAGUUGAAAUGGCAGUCCGUGCAGCCGAAGCCCGGAGGAUCGUGGUAGAGCACCAAGCAAUAGCUGCCCUAGAGGACCGGAUAGCUGAGGCGGUCACAAAGGCUUACCGUCGGAGAAAAUUGCUACAAGGUCACCCGGCUGGGUUGUCCUUUUACUCGAUCUGGAAGGCAGCGGAAGCCAUUCCAUCGACGCUAACAACUACACGAACCAUCAAGCGGAAUCCAUAUAUUCCCUCCCUUUCCAUCAUUAGCGAUACGGCAUCAUCUGACUCUACAGCUACUGAAAAUAAUACGGUGCACCGCUGCCAUCAGGUCAUAGAGGAUGAAACAACCAACAUGGAAGGUAAAGAUGAUGACGAAGUUAUCAAUGAGAGAAACAUUCUGCUGUUUCUCCGAGCGACGUUCCGCCUUUGGAUUCCGGUCGGGGUAACUUGUUUCUUUUGGUUUGCCCUCUUGUCCCUGCCAGAGUACUAUCGUGUCGUAAAAGCCUUACUAUUUGACAUAGAAGACUGUGAUGCUUCUAGGCGACUCAAUAUCGAUGGGAACUAUUGCUUUGAUAACGAAAAUAGCACGUGGGUGGGAUAUUCUUUAUGCUACGACGUCCAAAGCCAUCUCUGCUACGGACUAUUAUCAACUUCACAAUCUCCAUUGGCAACAGCACAACUACAUUAUUUUGAGAUUCUGGGAGACGAUUCUUCAUGGGCAACCCUCUGGAUCACAACAGCAAUAUUUCGAUGGACAGAAGCGCUUUCCUCAAUGCAAGACUAUCUCAUGAAAGUGGUGUGGAAGAAAUACCUCUUGGCAGGGGGCAAAGGCCUCAAAAACCGGCCCAAGCUUGUUUUGACACGAGCGCGCCGGGUACUGAAUUUCAUCAAGCUCAUCCGAUUUGCAGGGCCUCUAACACGGAUGACCCUGAAGCUCAAUGACCAGCUGCUGACAGGAUAUUUCCUGUUCCGAAAGGAUCGAUCCUCCAAGUCGUACAGGGCGGAAAAGUUGAGGCAUCCCUCGAUCCUGUUGCGGGACUUGAAGCGCAUCGAGAGCUUUCACAAGAUCGAGACAGCCAUAGCUUCCUGGCCGUCCCAUUGCAGCAUGUUGCUGGAAAGCCUCACCCAGGAAGUGAAGGCACCUUUCUGCAGGGUGUCGUCUGCGGCGGCCAAAAUAUACGCGCAGGACUUUCUAGAACAGAGCCGCCAGCGCGGCCGACAAAUCACGAGAAAAAUCCAUUGGCUCCAGGGCCAAAUCCAAAAGGGCCUGACCGAUUUUUCUUCCCUCGAAGUCUACGACAGCAUCGUGCAAUUGUCCAAGGACAUUAGUCUCGGACACCUUGAUUUUUUCCACGACGAAAGCGACAAAUACGGCGAGCACAAGAGCAAUGGGCAAGAAGAAGACUUUAGUGGCAACAACGGAGGAAGCAGAGCAGCGAAGGAUUCGACAAACCGGCGGCAUCACUCUUCGAAGAUAUCUAGGUGGUACGACUAUCUCCAUCUCGGAAGUUUGCUUUCGUCACGCGAUUGCUUGAUAAGUCCUCGGAGCCGAUUCAGCGUAGUCUGGCGCAUAACAGUUACAAACUGCCUGGUAAGCUUUUUGUUUCCUAAAUUCUGGGUUGAUCUCGAUGUGCUUUAAACUUUUCUCCCCAUGUCUUGAUCGAAUCGAAAUCGACUCUUUUCAACUUUUUCUCAAUCAUGCAUGUUGUGUCAAUUCUUUUACAUCGUAUUGCAUUGCACCGUGAAUUGUGGUAUCCACCAGUUGUUGGAAUUGACGAGACUCUCCAUUUCGUGGUACCUGACCAAAACCUUCCACCUGUCCAUCACACAGGUCAUUAGCCGGUUGUUUGUCGACUGCAGCAACAUCCCCGAAGAGACCAAAAACUUGUUUCGAUUCGUCACGGAUCGCAUCGACGAGUGGCAUGCAGGUUUGGCUCACGCGAUUCCACUCGUUCCCUUCCCGAAAGACAAGCUGGUGAUUCUCUGCGUCCCCACGAGCCAGUCGUCCAGGCUCUUUUUGCUGGCGGGGUCCGCCAUGGAGGUCUUCAUCGACGUCGUCUCCUUUCUGGAUAUUUUCUUUUGGUUCUUCACGGGGGAUCUCGACGGAGAAACGGGCCUGGUGGUGCCAAAGGCCUUUUUUGGGAGGUGCAUCCUACCGGGGACCSUGGUUCAGAUCCUGGACCACCCCACGCUGCCCGAGGUUCUUCCGUCGUUGUUGGGCAGGGCCGCCAGCACGACCAUGUCCAUCGGGUGGAGCCGCGUGAUACGGUGGUUGUGUGCUUUGGUCCCGGCCCUGAAAAUACUCGUGGGCCGACCCCUCUCGGCGUACUUUUUCCGUCACUUCGAGGAGAACACCGACGCCGACAGCAGCAGCGCCAAUGGUGGCGUCGGCGGCGCGGUCAGCGGAGAUUUGCUCAUGAAGUACGCGGAAAGCUUUGGAUAUCUUCCCCAGCGCAAGAGCAGCAGCCUCGUGGUUUCCGGCAGCACGGCUUCGASUGCUGCACAAUUGCGACCGCAACCAGCGAUCGACACGCACCGGGGACCUUGGAACCACGGCAGCGACGAACGAAGCGACGAMRGSAGCACCGAGGCCGUCGCCGACAACGGUGCCAACCACCACCACGAUUCCGCCUUUACUCUUACCGCGUACGACCAAGAGCGGGAAUCCUUCUCGUCGUCGCUUGCGACGAUCCAGGGCAUCCGGACGACGCCACCGGCAUCGCCGGUACGGUCCGUCCUCCGCAGCCCCACCGUGGUUCCGAACGGCGURCRGGCCGGGGGCCAGCUCCCGCGGUCGGCGUCGCCGAAGAGCCCGYCCCUUUCCCCGGGUGCGGCCGUUYGGUUCUCGCGCGUCUUUUCCGUUGCGGGGGAGCCCUGCUUGCACCGGCGCCCGUCCUUUGGCGAYGGGGACGGCGGCGGUGGCUCGGGUUCGGACCACGGCGGUUGCGACGGAGGCAGCGACGACGGUGGCGGCUCGAUGUACGACAUUGGCUUGUCUCUGAGUUCGCACGCCCUGGGCGACAUGCACGACCAUCCGUACGACGAGGACCACUGAGUUGCAGCAAUACAGAGUUGCUUUCGCGAUUGCUCCACCAACGGCAUCGCAGGAUCUUGGUCGUCUUCCAGAACACUGCUUGGAUUGCGGUUGAUCGAGGGUGUGGUGUUCCUCCCCAGUGUGACGCUCGAGGACGCGUGUCAAAGAACAACCGUGAUCGGAUCAGCCCCGGUCUUGUUAUUUUGCCUCUGACGGCGGAUGGUAUGCAUCUCAAGGCCGAUUGUUGAGAUGUGAGUGUGUCCGCGGACGAAGUGUCGCAGAGCAUUGUGCCAUGGGGAAUUCUUUUUGGAUGCAAGCACCAAACAAUACAGAUGACAGCAACCAAUACUGCUGUAUCGAGAUACUCUAAGAAACCGCUACAGCGCGGCCUACGAAGGAUGUGCUACACGCCAUACACCUAGAAAUAGUAUAAAGCCGAUCUUUUUCUACAAGAACCUAAAAGAUACUUACUUUGUACAGCUAUUGGGAAUCUCGGGGAAGGAAAUCAUCAAAAUCCCAUCUCGAACAACCAAAACAUUACUUGGUAGCAUACAGGUACAAACAUAGUUUUUUCCGAUUGGAAUUUCAAUCGUCCUGGUCGAAUUUCUUAGUCGUAGUCGGAGAAGCAUGAGUGUACUCCAUUUUGUACAUACGUACUGUACCAUACGCACUGGUACUUCCACUCCAGUAGAAUCCAAAAACUUGAGAUCACAACAACAUACUUUACUUUGUUGUAGUUGAGACAUUAAACAUAUCAACAUUUC